AUGAUUGAUGAAGUUUGUAUACAGCAUAAUUUUUCAAAAAAGCUAGCACAACUUGACAAAGUCAUCCAAGGAUACCUUGCUAACCUUGAAGAACGGAAAAUGCAGAACAAAUUUUUAAAAUCAUGGAUGGAUAAAACGGCUGAAAAAAUUAAUCAAGAAUAUACAGAGAAGAUUACAAAAAUACAAAAAGAAUAUGAUAAAAUUUCCGAUAGCAAACCAGAUAAUCAAGGAGAAACGUACAAAAACAAAGCAGAACAACUAAUAAAGAAUUUUAAAAACGAAACUCAAUCGGUAGAAGACCAUACAAAUAACAGAUUAGGAGAUAUUGCCACAGCAGUUGAUGGUUUACGCAAAUUACUCCCUUCAAUAAUUCAAAAUUUUACAGCAGAAAAUGAUAUUUUUAUGAAUAAAGUUCAAUCAUUCAAUCAAGAUCUGCAAAAUGCAUUAGAGAAGUCUAAGAAAGAUCAUGAGCUUGCUUUAAAGAAAGUUGAUCAAGAAAUAAAUCAAAAAAUACAAAAUGAAGAAAAAGAAAGUUCAAAACGAAUUGCGAAGAUGGAAAACUCUUUCCAAAAUGAACGUGAUAGACCGCAAACUGCAAUCGGUGACUCAAGAACAACAGCAUUAAUCAGACAACUUAAAAAAGAAAAUUUGGAGAAUAAAAAGUUCAUUUCUCAGAUGUCUCAGAAAGUAAAGAACAUGCAAGUAAUAGCAGAAAGUAAUAUACAAUCCUACAGAGAUAAAAUGAAAGGAUUAAUAUCAGAAAUAAAAUUUGUAUCAAAUUCAAACGAGAAUUCGCUUGCAAGCACUCAACAAGAGUUGGAUAAUGUUAAAAUAGUAUUUUCUUCACAGAAACAAGGUGUUAUUAAUAACCAUGAUGAAGAAAUGAAAAAUUUAGAAAAUGAAAUUUCAAAAUUAAAGUCAGAACUUGAAGAAAACACGAAAAACCAUAAGCAGGAUCAAGAAGAUGCCCAACAAAGAUUGAAUUCAUCAAAUGAAUCCAAUGAAACUAGUUAUAAUGACAUAAUUGAGCGACAUAACCAAGAAAUUGAAAUAAGAAAAGUAGAAAUAGAAAAAGAAGAAAGAGAUUCCGAAAAAUCAUAUAGAGAUGCUGUUGAUUCUUUUAAUAAUAAGAAAAAUGAACUUGAAAUUGAAUUAUGUCAGUUCACAAACAAAAAUAACAAGAGUUAUGAUGAAACUGUUGAACACAAAAUGGUUGUGAAGCAUAGCCAAGAAGUAGAACAAGAAAUUGUUGAUUACCAAGCUCAAUCUGCAGCAAUUUCGAGUAAAUUUGAUGCAAUUAAAUUAACUAACUCUCAAAUACCGGAAGCUGCAAGGAACUUAGCUAAACUUCAAGAAGAUUUGCUCAGUAUGCAGAAUAAACAUAAUGAAAUGCUCAGAUCAAACAAAAUUUCGUUCAAAAAGGAAAUUUCGGAUUUACAAAAAUCGUUAGACCAAGAAAAAGAACAACUGAUGAAACAAUUCAAAGAAGAAGAGAAAAUUCAAAAGGAAGAUUGUGAAGGAUCAAUUUCUGUUCUUCAAGACUGUUUUGAUGAAGAAAUAGAGAAGUUUAUAAACAAUAUUAGUACAUCUGAUCAACCCGAAUCAAUUUCUUUGGCAUCUUCUCGUUCUUCUUCGAGAUUUAAUCUUGAAAUUGAGGAAUUCAAGAAUUUAAAUACAGAAUAUGAUUCAAUUAAUAUGCCACAAGGAUACCAGAGUUGUAUCGAUGAGAAUCCAGAGCUAGAAGAGCUCCACAACCAAGUUUCAAUUCUUAAAGAUAAAAUUAAGUCAGAAAGAGCUGUUUUAAUAAGAGAAUUUGAAUCAGAAUUGGAUAUAGAGAAUAAAGAUCACGUAGAUCGCCUUGUAAAAUGCAAAUGUACAAAAGAUUUCAAUCAAAAAUCAGAUAAAUUAAGGUUAAGAUGGAAUAAGCUUCUUUCUGAGUUAGAUAUCGAAUAUAAGAAACUAGAAGCUCUUCUUAAAGCCACUAAAAAGGCUUUUCUCAAGAGAUCAAAUUCAUCUGGAGAUCCUGAGAUUGAUGAGCUUCAGCACAAACUUUCAAAAGCAAGGAAAGAAUCAGAUAGAAUCAUCCAAGAGAAAGAAAAUGCUUUUAACCAAGAAAAAAACGAAAUUUUGGACGAAAUUCAAGCAGCAAAGAAAGCUAAUUACGCAGCAAAUACAGCAGAAGACCAAGAAUGGGAAGAGACUUAUAAAGGUAUUAAAGAAAAAUUCACGGUAGAACUUGGUCGGAGAUCAAAAAUGCGGCAAGACGUUGAAGAAGCUGUAAAAUCAUUGGAGCAAAGACUUUUAGAGAGGAAUGAGAAAAGAAAGAACGAAUUGCAUAACCAAAUUGAGAAAAUUGGAGCUAAAUUACAACUUGAAAAAACUCUUCACGUUGAUGAUCCAAUACAACUCCAACAAACUGUUCAGCGUCGUAAGGAACACUUAGAAGCGCGAACAGAAAGGCUUUGCAGUCAAUGGGCUCAAGAAAUUGAAGAAUUAAAAGGUCGAAGAGAAGCAUCUAUUAAUGAAAUACAGCAUAUGGUGGCUGCUGCUAAUACAAAGAUAGAUGCUUUCAAAUCUGAAGUCGAAACAAGGCCUCCGAGAGCAGAAGAACAAGUAGUUAUUGAUACAUUGCAAGAAAAACUUGAUGAAGUUACGAACAACUUAAUUCAUCUUGGAAGAGUAAUGCUUAAUUACAGAGAUUGUCUUCUUCUCAGAAAUGAACAUUAUAAUCAAAGAUUUUCAAGAACAGAACCACUUGUUUCAAGAAAUAAUAUAAUGGUGCUACCACCACUCCCGCCACCAAAUGAUGUUUGUUAA